UUUAGGUGAGAGAUUACUAAAAGAGAAUGGGAAGCUGCUGAUUGAUUUUCUUGGAAAAAGGAAUCUGGCAUGGGAAAACUGCUGUUUUCCUCUCAAAAAGAAUAGGCAUUGUGAGAGACUGAAAGGAGAAUGGAGAAAAAGUUGGAGAUGAUCAAGGAAAGGGAAUUGAGAUGGGAAAGAUCUGUGUGAUUCAUUUAUAGCCCGUUGUUACAAGGAUUAUAACAAUGUUUUAAAUAGGGUGAGAAACUUCCAGGUUGUUUUCUCUGUAUGGUCAAGUGGUGAUUUACCUUGUGCUGGUGUAGCAGUCAGUGGUAUCACACAGGUAUGAUUUUUGGGAGAGCUCACACUGCAAUUGUUCCUGUGGCUGGAGUUUAAGGGGUGUCGUGAGCAAGCUGAGUGAGUUCUGCUAAUAAACUGUGCUAGCCAUGGUAAAUUGUGGUGUAGUGGAGGUACUUUUAUAGUUUGUAUUGCUGUCUGUGAGCUGGGAAUUGUCCCUGAAUUCAUGCAGAUGUUCUUUAUAUGCAAGGUUACAUGCUAAAGUAUUAGACUGAUUUUAUGCAAGGAAUGUGUGAUGUCAGAUGAGUGAUCAGAGUAUGAUACAUUCCUUUGUUGGCCUUAAUUCUGGGCUGGCUUGUUCUACUCAGCCAUCUUAGGAGCUGUGGCUCUUCUGUUUCCUGUUGCAGGAAGGUCCAUCUGUGUGUGCCCCCACUGUUCCCGGGGACAUGUCCAACGUUUCCACCUACGCCCUUCGCAUGGCCCGGCUGAGUGCCCAAAUAUUUGGUGAGGUUGUCAGGCCCACUGACUCCAAAUCCAUGAGAGUGGUGAAGCUGUUCAGUGAGCAGCCCCUGGCCAAGAGGGAGGAGGUGUACAACUGGUACCCCCCCCACAACACCUACCAUGCCCUCAUGAAGAAACUCCGCUACUUCGGCCUCUACAGGGAUGAGCAUCAGGACUUCAAGGAGGAGAUGAGGCGAUUGAAAAAGCUCCGUGGGAAGGAAAAACCAAAGAAGGGGGAAGGAAAGAGAGCUCUCAAGAAGAAAUAGUGCUGUGUGAACAGUGUCACUGACUACCCUGGAAAUGCUGGGGAAUGGCUGGAGAAGGUUUGGCAAGUGAGCUGCCCGUGGGACACAAGAAACACACUGUGAAAUAGUGGACUCCACCUUGGGAAUGCACCUAGGUCUUUGAAGUUUUACUGGUUUUGAAUUUCUGUACUUCAAAUAUAUUGUAUAUUGCAGCACAGUAAUAAAAAAAAAAGUGCUCAGUGCUUUUCUUGAAA